AUGCCAAAUGGCAGCCUGGACCGCUACAUCGGCAACAACAUCUUUCUAAAUUGGGAAACGAGGUUCAAGAUCCUGUCGGGAUUGGCACCGGCGCUGCUCUACCUUCACGAAGAAUGCAGCAGCCCGGUGGUGCACCGCGACGUCAAGCCUAACAACGUCAUGUUAGACUCAGACUACACGGCCCGCCUCGGUGAUUUCGGCCUGGCUAGGCUUCUCCACUCCGGCCAAGGCCAGGGCCGGGACAAGGCAUCUGUCACCACCAUGGUGGCCGAGACUCCCGGGUACCUGGCCCUAGAGGUCAGCUAUAUCGGGCGGGUAAGCCAAGAGUCAAAUGUCUAUAGUUACGUGAUGGUGGUUCUGGAAACAGUCUGUGGGAGACGAUCCAAAGGAAUCAUGGAGGAGAACAGCCUGGUGGACAUGGUGUGGCGGUCGUACGAGGAAGGCGUCAUUCUGUCAGCCGUGGAUUCCCGGCUGCAGGAUGGGAAAUUUGAGGAAGGGCAGGCGAGAUGA